GGAGAUAAAAAAACGGAAUCACAGUCACCCCUGUAAAAUUACCGCAAGCUGACAUCGUAUUAAUUUGUUUUGGAUAAAACCAUUAUAAAUAAACGCAAAUGUAUAAAGUUACGAUUCACGGUUAAUGCAAAUAUCUUAACGCGGCUUUAUUUUAGGAUGCCACAAACAAAAAUGAAAUCUUGGGAUCACCUCUAAUUUCUAUAACUUAUUUUGCAGUUAUAAGUAUAUAUUGUACCUGAAUAUUUUUGAAGCCAUCGAUAUUCAUAUGUUGAAAAAAAAGACUGCUGGGAUAAAAAUGUGCGACAGAGUUAAAGCUUGUGGUAUAGUUUUAAUUCUGAUCAUGGCGAUAAACAUAACUGAAAGCCACGCCGUGCCUCAUAUAAAUGGAAACGGCGAUUCAGAUGAAAUUGGUCCAGAGUUUUUGGCGAAGUUAAGUAAUACAACAGUUCCCAUAGGACGUGACAUAUCAUUUACUUGUGUGGUUGACAAUUUGGGUCAUUAUCGGGUUGCAUGGAUAAAAUCUGAUUCAAAGGCCAUACUUGGUAUACACACCCACAUGGUCUCACUAAAUCCAAGAUUAUCUGUAACACAUAACGGUCACAACACCUGGAAACUUCACAUAUCUCGCGUACAGUUAAACGACUCCGGAAGUUAUAUGUGUCAAGUAAAUACAGAUCCUAUGAAGAGCCUUUCUGGAUAUUUAGAUGUUGUUGUACCUCCAGAUAUUUUAAACCAUCCAGAACAUAAUCCAGAAGAAGGUGUCUGUCAAGAAGGUGGAAGUAUUUCACUUUUAUGCAGUGUAACAGGCGUUCCAAGACCAAGGGUACUGUGGCGGCGUGAGGACGGAAAGGAAAUAAUACUACGCACGGAUAGCAGAGAUAAAACAGGUGUAAAGUCGGUUGAAGGAGAAAGGCUGGUCUUAACAAAUGUGCAUCGUUCCGAUAUGGGAGGCUAUAAUUGCAUUGCAUCUAAUGGAAUACCUCCUUCAGUUAGCAAGCGGUUUAACGUAUACGUUAAUUUUUCACCAACAAUUAAAGCCAUAAGUCAAUUGGUUGGAGCACCCGUUGAAAGAGAAGUAACUUUGGAAUGCAUUGUAGAAGUGUACCCCAAGCCUCUUAAUGGUUGGUACCGCAGGGAAGGAAAUAUUAAAAUGCACAGCGGAAACAAAUAUAAUAUUUCUGAAGAAAUGAUUAACCUAUACACAUGGCACCUUAACCUUACCAUAAGACAUCUGACCAAAUCAGAUUUUGGAACUUAUAGUUGUUCGAGCGUUAAUGCCCUUGGCAAAAGUGAAUCACUUAUUCGAUUGCAAGAGCUUCGGCUGCCGCCCAAGUUGACCACAACACCAACACCUCACAUGCAAACAACAGGAAAAUCGCGUCGGAAGCACCCAGCAAGUCACAAAAAGGGCAUAAACGAAGUGUUACGAUUUCAAGAAACCCAUAUCACUAAUCAAAUUCAACAGGAGAACGAAGAACAUAACGAAGGAAUUGAUAUGUUAAAGUUUACUAACAGUAAAAAUUCUAAUGACGUUUUAGAAAGCGACAACAUCAACAUCAUUAUAAACGGAGAAGAAGGAAACAUUCAUCAUCUUAAAAAAUAUGGACAAGAAAAGCCUAACAAGCCAUCUGGGACCAUACCAUCACCAAGUACCCCCUGGAUAUUCACAAAUACGGGAGCUCCAUGGGCAGAGCGAACUUCGAAUGCGACUGUUGCAUUGGUUAUAUUUUUUUGGUUGAUUUCUGGUGUGUGUCAAUCCUUAGCCUGGAAUGCAAGAAGAGUAAUUCACUAAGUUGUUGUUUUGAAAAGAAGAUUAUUUGUUUAAGCGCGCAAUGUCACACUCCGCAUCACUGUAAUGGAAUUAACGACAUUAAUAACUGAGCAAAUACAUUUUAUAUUAUGAACAAUGAUGCAAUAUUAUAAAUGCAUUAAUCAGGGAGUA